AUGCAGAUAACUAAAGUGUUGCUUGCCGAGGUCGUCCUUUGCUUCACUGGCUCAGUUGCAAGUGUAACUGAUGUCCCGGGUAUAUAUGGGCCUCUUCCGGUGAUACCCACCUCCAAUGUGGACAACAUCAACCCAUAUCUCAAAAAGCACCCAGGGGACUUCGCUCAUCCUGGCCUCUGGCACUCGCAUGAUGACUUGGAGCGCAUUAGAAACAAUGUUUUAUCUAGCAAGGACCCCUGGGCAUCUACAUUCACCCGUUUCAGUGCCGACAGUUAUUCCCUCUCGAACUAUACCAUGAAAGGACCACACUCUGUUCUUUCGCGCGGCAAAACCAGCAACUAUACCUCAUUUGCCAGUGACUCGCGUGCUGCGUGGCAGAAUGCCAUAAUGUGGUACAUCACGAAAGAUCAGGCUCAUUGGGAUCGCAGUACCUCAAUCCUAGACGCUUGGGGGUCCAACCUGACAGAUAUCAUCGGCAUCGACCGCUCACUGUUGAUUGGACUAGAUGGUGAUCUCUUUGUCAAUGCUGCUGAAAUAAUGCGCUGGGAGGGUAAUUGGACUGAGGCAGGUGCUUCAUGGCGAGGAGGCUCCGGUUUCAGUAACCAGUUGUAUUGGCUGUUUUCUCGGCAGGCGGCUGUCAUAGGCCAGGCAAACUAUGGCAUGGUAAGUAUAAAGUCCUUGUUGAGCUUUGCGGUCUAUCUGGACGAUGUCACUUUAUACAAUUAUGCCAUGAACGCCUUCAUCAAUGAUCCAUGUGCUGGCCUCUUCGCCAUGUACAACCCCUCGACUGGUCAAUCUGUGGAAUCAGGUCGGGAUCAAGGACACACAAUAUCUGGCAUGGCAUGGACUGCAUAUGCAGCUCGAGUCGCACAAACUCAAGGGGCGGAUCUCUACAAGCUCGGAGAUAAUCUUUUGCUCAAAGCAUCAGAAUAUUCUGCAGCGUACAAUCUCAACCAGACAGUCUCUUAUGACCCAGCAUGGCACAGGUGCGAAGCGGUUCUGGUUGGGGGUCCGUGGCCCACGAUCGCCGAAUAUAACAGGGGGGUAUCCAAUGCGCUACCGGCUUGGGACAUCUUGUAUUACCAAUAUGUUGUUAAGCGUAAAUUGAAGGCACCUUGGACUAGCCAGGCUCAGAGCGAGGAAGGUCUAGAGGGAGCUGUGUCCUCAAAUGAUCAUCCAAGCUGGGGUGGAUUAAUUUGGGCUUACUAG